AGGACAUGCAACCUGUAUGUUCAGGUAUCAGGGUCCUGAAGUCACAGGGGCCAUAUCAUGGUUACAGGGAUGCUGCACCUUUUGAUGAAUGAACCUCCAGAUCGCAAACCAUCCAUGAAGUCAUUCUUUCUGCAGAUGCAUGAAAGAGAUGCCGCUACUCAUCGCUACCAUUGAUACGUUUCUAUCAGCUGUUGCAACAGAUAAUAGAUGUACAUUUUGAAUAACCUCACGGGAAGCCUUGAUGUAUUGUAGGGUCCAUGUGAUGCAUAACAAAAGCAGGAACUGUGAUGGAUCAUCUCUGUAAAGCGAUGCUUUGAAAUCACAAUGAUAAGAUAUGUUUGCACCGGAUUUGGAGAGAACAAUUGUGCCUUCAAGACGAAGAUAUCGUGAAGAAGAAGGUUGGAUUUAAUUCUGUGAACAAUCUGUACAGGUCCUUUCAGUCAUGUGUUGUUCUUUGAGAUGUACAGUAACGUUGAAUUUGCAAGAUUCAAACAAAGAAGUGAGACAAUAAUUUUGCUUUGGAGUCUAAACUAUCGCUAUUGAUGACCAAAGUGUUGACCAUGAAGAUUCUCAAAAAGAAGAAGAAAAACCAAAAUGAUAAGAAGAAUGUAGACAAUGGACCAAUAGCUCCAAGGAUACCUUAUUCAAUGGAUUCUAUCGGUGCGAGGUUCGUUUUACAAUAAAUAAUACAUUUUAUUCUGAUCAGAUACAGUAAAUCAGAUUAAAUAUUUUGUGGCAACCGAGGGUAUUAUGCUACAGAGGAAUUACUGUACUGAAUUAACAACAACGUAUAUAGUAUGUUGUUAGUAACCGUUGCAUGAACCUUGAAUAGGCAAAGAAUUACAGCCACUUGUUCUGGAUGCUCCACAAGCAGCCGCCAACUUAACAGUACAUUGCCUCUUUUAUCAGCCAGGAAACGGACAAAGCAAUGACUCCGUGCUCAUUUCGACACAAGAACUAACAUGAUAAUACGUUCAUAUGAAUCUGGUAGUAAAUAACUGUCUUCAUCAUGCAAGAUAAUUGCCAGAAAAGGGCAAUAACAGCCACAGCCCGAACAGGAUAUUCAAUCCGUGUCCAGUGUAGCGGGAUCUGAUAUAGAGACUGGGAAGAGUCGAAACCAGCACGUAUUCCCCAGCGAUCACUAUGGAAAUACCAGAACAUAACGUUUACUAUCCAUCGCUGGCGAAGUCGCAUUGUGACCAAGACGAGGAGGCUUCGCUUCCAUAUACAGCCUCCAAUACCCUUAUCGUGGAUUCAAGCAAACGCUUUCAGAAGCCGCGAACUCCGGUGAUACAGAAGAGAAUUCAGUUCACGGAGAUGGAGGACGAUGAGGGCACAGUUGAGCAGGUGAGGGUAUACAUUCGCGUGGUGUUCCUGAAGAUCGGCGAGGUGAACACCUUGAAGGAGAAGUAUGCCGCUGAUGUGUUCCUGCAGGCCCGAUGGGAACAGCCCAAACAUUACAAACAGCUGGACGAGAAUGGGAAGGAAGAAGAAUGGGACCCCCAGUUGCAGAUCGAGAACGUUCUGGGGGAUGCUAAGGAAGAGGAAUGGCGGUAUAAAGAGGCAAUAAGUCCAGAUCAUUUCCGCGUCUUUGAAUGUCGCCGUAUAAAGGGAGUCUUUGUCGAAAACCUGGAGCUCCAGCAUUUCCCGUUUGACACACAGGACCUUUCCCUGACGAUCUCCUCUGAGUUGACCGAGUGUGAGGUGGAUCUCCUGGAGGACAAGGAGGAGCUCAGCAGUGUCAACAAGCAAAGCUUUGUGGACGAGCAAGAGUGGGCACUGUUCGAACAUGUGGAGAUGUUUCCCAAGGUUUCUGUGAAGGAGUACACCAGCUCCAGGGAAAGGCAUCCUACAAUGAUGGUCAUGUGCCAUGCUGCUAGACGACCUGGUUUCUUUGUGUGGAAUAUAUUUCUGACAAUGAUGUUGAUAACGCUGUUGGCUUUCACGACAUUUGCUAUUGGUGUGACCCUGACCCAGAACCGCCUUCAGCUGUCUUUCACCCUGGUGUUGACUGGAGUGGCCUUUAAGUUUGUCGUCAACCAGUCGCUGCCAAGGAUAUCCUAUUUAACAUAUAUGGACAAAUACAUCCUCUCUUCCAUGGUGUAUCUGUGCCUGGUGUGUGUGUGGCACUCGGUGAUUGGUCGGCUGCAUGAGAUUGGGCACGAUGAUUGGGCAAUGGACUAUGACUGGAAAGCUCUCCUGUGCUUCGUGUGCACCUACGUCUCAUUUCAUUUAGGAUUCUCAGCAUGGAUAUAUAAAUACGCCUGGCGCCGUCGACGCCUUAUGGAGAAAAAGGACGAGGCUUACAGGGACAAGGUGAAAAUGAUUUGCCGAGAGGAGUCAGCAACCCUCCUAAAGCGACGUAGAAUGAGCGCCUGGAGCCCGGCCGUUACUAUGAAGAACGUCCUACAGCCCACGUGACAAACCGCCAUCUUGUAUAGAAAGGGAGACAACCCAGGCUACAGUGACUACAUUGAGACUAACAUUGAUGACAUUGCCUAGAGUCAAGAUGAUUAAUUAUGCCCAUUGACAAAUGACAACAGCAAACUGUGAUCCCUGAUUAUGCAUUCCAGUAGGAACACAUCCCGGCAUUUUGUGUUGUUUGUAAUCACCAACUGAUCAUUUCAAGCUGGCUUUUGGUGUAUAUGAUGUGUUUGAUAUAGUACAUCGUGAAAAAAACUCUACUUGACCAAAUAUGCCGCUGACAUCAUUGAGCAAAAUGAUAUGUUGGAGUUUUUCCAACUCUCAUUUGAAUACUUCUUUCUUUCAUGUUAACGACAUAUAAGUAGAUAUUCUUUCUUUCGAGUAGUGUUUAGAAAUUAGGAUGAUACACAUUGUGAUGUUGUGUCUUGAAACAGGACAUGUUCUUUACCAGACUGGGUUCAGGGCCUCGUUUCACAAAGCGAUCGAAGUGCUGGGACCAUCAUAAGUCCUAUGCUAUAACGGUGACUUUGUAGAGCUACGAUCGCUUCGUGAAACGUGCUCCAGGACCAGGUCCCUAGGGAGGUUACAGCUUUUGGUGAACGUUGCUUGGCUGUUUAAAAAAAAUCAACGAUUUCAUUGGUUAAAUCAUGACUUGGAAUGACAGAUUAUCUUUCCCUCGUUAUAUUUAUCAUGCAACAACGUAAUUAUUAUUACUCGGGAAAGAUAAUCUGUCAUUCCCCGUCACACGUUAGUUGUUGCCUAAAUCUGCGUUAUUCUCAGAACCAAAAAUAAUAAUAUGCUGAUAUCAAGAUGAAUGUUUAUAAAAGAGUAUGCCAUUUUCAGGUAUCAAUAUGCUAAUAUGACUUCUACAGUUAGAGAACUACGGUUAUAACGAACUCAAAUGGACCAUUAAUUUUAGGUCGUUAUAUCCUUCAGUUCGUUAUCUGUCAGUUCGUUAUAAACCUAGUUUACUGUACAUAUGAAACACAUGUUCCAAAUCCACCUUUUCUAAACUUAAGCUUUAAGUCAUGUUCUUAGCAUCAUACUUUGUAAUAUAUAUGUUAGUCUGUUCUAUUCGUGGCUGUUAUGUUAAACAUGGCUUGUGAUACA